AUGCAGUCUUCUUCACGAUCCAUCAUUACAAAGAAUAUACCUACUCAGAUAUCUUUAAAUCGUUCAACAAUUGGCGAUGGAAUAGUUCUAGCAUGUAUGACUUUUCCGGGAUCUCGUGACAGUAAACGAUUACAAAAAUUAAUCAGUUUACUCGGUGAAAUUGGACAAAUUAAUUUAGAAGAUCAUGAAGAACAAAUAUGUGAUAGUAUGAGACUUCGAUUACGAUUAUUUGUCCGACGUGUUAUUAAUUUGCUUGAUGAAUACAAGAAUGAAUCUAUUUAUCUAGUUAGCUUCGGUGUUGGUUCGUUACUUAUGUUAUUAUCUGUUAUACAUAUACUCUCGUUGAAUAAUUCUCGUUCAGAAAAUAAUUAUACUAAUCGAAUAAGUAUAAAUGGAAUUAUUUGUGUUGGUUUACCAUUAAUUGGUUUAAGAGGUAAACGAGGUGAAUUGAAUGAUCCACUCCUAUCGAUACCAGCUUUACCAAUAUUAUUUAUUAUAGGCGCUAGAAGUCGACUUGGUGGUUAUAAAGAAGCAGUUGAAUUUCGAAAGAGAUUAUUCAAUGCUAGACAAAGACAACGUCCACUAACUUCUCGAAUCGAUAAUAAUGACAAUGAUAAUUUAAUUCAUAUGAAUUAUACUAACCAAUUUCGACACAAAAUCAAUGGAUCAUCUAGCAUCACUGCUACUAAUACUACUACUGUUGUUCAUGAUGAUAAUAAUGAAUUGAAUUCGAUCUCACCAACUUUUGAUUUAUUAGUUAUUGGAGGUGCCGACCAUUUACUUCGAAUGCAACCGUCUGCAUGUAGACGUUGGUGUACUACACAAAGUAUGGUAGAUAUUAGAAUGAUGCUUGUAAAGUAUCGGACCAGCAAUUUAUUGGUAUCUGGUUCAAGUGCUCUUUACCGCUUAAGAUGA